AUGGCGAGCCUGUACUAUGAGCCAGAGAUGGAGGGCCUGACCUAUCCUGAUCAAGACGCUCACCAAGAUCCAGACUACGACUACGAUGACUCGGACAUGGAAACCAUCUCUAGUGCAAGCACUGCACAGACCACUAGUACCAUAACAUCCGAGGAGAUUGGAGAUUACUUUCGCGAGGCAUAUGGCCGCACCUAUGCACACGACGAGAACCUCCCCAUGCUCUACCCCAUCGAUGAGGUCGAGGCCAGAAGACACGAAAUGCAGCACGUCUUCCUCAAGGCCCUCGUCCAUGGCAACUAUAUUGGUCCUGUACCACACUGCUCCGACCACGUGCAGAUGGGUCCCGACCCAGGAUCCUCGACAUUCGCACAGCACUGGCAACUGGAGAUGGCUGCGGAGUUCCCGCAUUGCGACAUCGUGAAGGAGUACGACCGACUGAUCUUUGACCUGCAUCGGGUGCUGAAGCCGGGAGGACUGAUCACUAUAUGCGAGGUGGAAAACCAGUGCUAUGAGGCGGAACCGCCUUUCAAUAUGCACGCCUAUGUUCGGACUAUGCCUGUGGCGGCUGAAGCGAUCCUGGUGUUAAGAGCCGCUAUCAUGAAACAAGGAAUUAAUCUCAACGCCAUCCAUCAUAUCGAAGAAUGGCUGCACCCAAACUCUUCAUUUUGGGGUCAAACAGCAAAGACAUACGAUAUACCUCCUUCGCGCGCUAAGAUCGCGUCCCAAGGGUUUCGUGAUAUACAGAAGCAAGUGGUACUAAUGCCAGUAGGGACGUGGCACCCUGAUCCAGCAGUGCAACAGGUUGGAGACCUUAUAUCUCGGGGAUUUGCGCUGGCAUGGAGGCAGCUUGAGCCAGCCAUGAUUGACUACGGCUCUUCUCCAGAAGAGGCCAAUCGACUUUGUGCGGGCUCUAUUGCGGCGUACGAGAACACAAAUCUACGGGUAGUGGGCAAGUACCAUAUGAUAUACGGCACAAAGAUUUAG